CUGGGAUCUGAGAUCAGCCACCAUCCAUUUUGCUUUUUAACCCUACGAAAUAAAUGGCUCAGUGCAGCUAAAUUACAUUGUUGAUAUUAUACAACUAAUUUGCAGAUAAUAGCAGUCGAUCAUUCUCAUGCAGUCCGGCUUGAUUCCUUAAGUGUGCGAUUAAGGGCUUGUUUUGAAAACGAUCGAGUGCUUGUGCCGCCGGUAGUCACUUGUCUAUCCGAUGCUAUAGAGGUCUUCCGAGUGUGGAGCUCCUGACUACUACUACUACUGUACUCUACCGGCUUUUAAAUGGGUCGUUCGCGGAGCCGUAGCUCUUCCCGGUCCAAACACACCAAAAGCAGCAAGCACAGUAAAAAGCGCAGCCGCUCUCGGUCAAGGUCCCGGGACAAAGAGAGGAAGAGGCGCUCAAAGUCCCGAGAGUCCAAAAGGAGUCGGAAGAGAGAAUCGCGCUCUGGAUCCAAAUCAAACACGGCCACGUCCCGCCGGGAGAGGGAAAGACCUGUAUCGCCGCCCGAGAGAAUUGAUAUUUUCGGCAGGGCUUUAAGCAAGAGGAGUGCCGUAGAUGAAAAGCAGAAGAAAGAGGAGGAAGAGAAGAAAGCUGAAUUGGAAAGACAGAGGAGAAUUCGACAGCAGGAAAUAGAGGAACGGCUGAUAGAGGAGGAGACGGCACGUCGUGUAGAAGAACUGGUCGCCAAACGUGUGGAGGAAGAACUGGAAAAACGCAAGGAUGAGAUUGAGAGAGAAGUGUUGCGACGGGUGGAGGAGGCUAAACGUAUCAUGGAAAAGCAGUUGUUAGAGGAGCUGGAAAGACAGAGACAAACAGAGCUGGAAGCUCAGAAGGCCCGGGAGGAGGAAGAGAAUUCAAAGCGUGAAGAACUGGAGAAGAUUCUGGUGGAGAACAAUCGCAAGAUAGCCGAUGCUCAAGCUAAACUGGCAGAGGAACAGCUACGAAUAGUUGAAGAGCAGAGGAAGAUACACGAAGAGCGUAUGAAGUUGGAGCAAGAGCGACAGAAACAGCAGAAAGAAGAACAGAAGAUUAUUUUGGGGAAAGGAAAGUCGAGGCCUAAACUAUCUUUCUCGCUCAAGGCCACAGAGUGAUGGAAACAAAGUGGCUGGCAUGCCAUGGGUUCUCCAGACUUUCUCAAGACCACUUCUUCAUGUGAAAGAAUUGUGCUGCAGCACGAGUUUUUCGUUGUAGGUCUCAUGUGGUAUGUUUCAAAUUCUCCGAACAACGGGAACAAUCAGUUUGUCAUAUACCCUUCAGUUUUUUCCUGUUUUAACUGUCUGUUUUGUAUUACUGACUCUUGUAUAGAUAACCUCCACUUGUCCUCCAUGUAGUCUCUGCAAACGCAUUUGGUGUAUUGCACGAGUAAGAAAAAAAGGACCGGCCUGACCUGCUGUCUCAUCUAAAUGUGCAUUAUGGUUUCCUGUUUCAUUAAUUCAAGACCUCAACAAAUUUCCAUACUGAUUCGAAUUUAAGUAUUUUUUUUUUUUUUUAAUAGUUUAUUGAUAAUAUAAUGGAAUUAAAAUGCGAGAUGGGCAUGGAAGUUCGUUGAGUUGGAAAAUACACUUUGAACAAAAAGGUAACCAAUCUGAUGCAUUGUAAAACAAAAAUAGCUGUUUAUCAUUUUUACAUUACAUUAAUAAUUGUACAUUCAAGAUGUAAAUGGAUGAUGCUGUAAUAAAGGGUACCUGGUCGUUGCAUGUCAGUGAGCUGCGUAUAUGUCAGUGACGGGAUACUUUUAGAGGUGAAUGGGUGGAAGUUUGCAGAUUGGUCAGAAUUUGUGUUUGUGGUUAAAUAUUUAACAGUUAUCAAGGAUAUGUCAGGAAUCUCCAAUAAAUCCAUG